UGUCAAAGUGGAUGUUACUGAAAGUGUGAGGAGAAAACAAGCAUUUUAUUCAACAUUAAGUGAAACUAUUUGUUAAAAUAUUGGAUGUAUAACUAUAGACAAAAAUAACAGGACGUUAAAUAAAAAAUAGGAUUUUUACACCUGGAGUACUUCAUCAUAAAUGAAAAGUACUAACAGUCGCAGUUCAACGGAAAUAAGACGAAACAAGGCCUAAUAACACUUGAUGAUAACGAAAGAUAACUCUUGCGAUCUUAGGUGAUAUUGAAUGAAAUUCCUUUGAAUUACCUGAUAAGCGGAGAUAAUAUCCUCGAUAUUGAAAAGCCACUUUACUCUGAAGGUGCAUAUUUGGUGGAUAAUCUCAACUGUGAAGAGCUAAUAUUACUACUUCUGAUAAAUCUAAACUCAUUAACUCAAUGAAUUCCAUUUGAAUAUCUACAUUUAUAUUUACACUGCAAAUGACUCAACAAUAGCCGAAAUGGAGUCAAGAAAUAAGAUGCUAUUGGUAAUCUGGACUUUGGUGUCUGUAGUGUGUGUCUACGGACAAAGACAAGAGCUUAAAUAUACAAUUGAAGAAGAACUUUCUGCCAAUACAUUCGUAGCUGAUAUCCCCCUUGAUGCAAGGCUUCAGUCUGAAUUUGCGUCAACAGUUUUUGCUACACUCAGCUAUAACUUCUUAAGCCAGGAAAGUCAAGCUUCUUUGUUAUUUAAGAUUGAUUCAAAUAGUGGAAUCAUCAAAACCACCCUCCCGAUUGAUCGUGAUGACCUUUGUCUGAAUGUCGCCGAGUGUCUAGUUGAACUUGAUGUUGCUGUCCAUGACCCAUUUAUGACACAUUUUGAGAUCAUCAAAGUUGUCAUAGAAAUUGUAGACAUUAACGAUAACGACCCGGAAUUCCCACAAAGUGAGAUCAACGUGAAACUAUCAGAAUCUGUGCCGAUAAAUCACACAUUUCUGACGCAGGAAGCUUUUGAUAUUGAUGAAGGUAACAACUCUGUUCAGAACUAUGAAUUGAUUUCCCCAACAGGCACAUUUGGACUUGAUAUCAUAACAGGCUCUGAUGGAUCAAAAGAGUUAGCGAUUGUUGUGAGGAAAGAACUAGAUCGGGAAAAAACUGAUUUUUACCAGGUUGAGAUUGUUGCUAAAGAUGGCGGAAGUCCUCCAAGAAGUGGAGCUGUUAGAAUCAAUAUCUCCAUAGCUGAUAUUAACGAUCACACACCACGAUUUGGACAAGCUAACUACAAGGUAUCCAUCCCAGAGAAUACUGAACCCAAUACAUCCAUCAUACAAGUCACUGCAACUGAUGACGACAUUGGCUCUAAUGGUGACAUCAGGUAUUCCAUCAGUAAUCUUGCAACAAGAACUAUCAAGUCCUUAUUUGGUAUCAACGCUACCUCUGGUGAGCUGUAUGUGAAGUCUACACUUGAUUACGAGGUUGGUAGUGUCCACCAUAUUCCCGUAGAUGCAACAGACCAGAGCCAUGACCCACGUGUUGCCCAUACUACUAUAGUCUUAACAGUCCUUGACUUGAAUGACAACCGACCUGAGAUCAAACUUAAAGUUCUGUCUGGUGAAGCUCAAGUGUCAGAGGGGUCAGAACCUGGUGCCUUUGUUGCCCUAGUCUCCGUAAAAGACAAAGAUGACCCUGAAGGAAUCAAUGGCCAGGUCAAGUGUAACCUCAGCUCAGAUAACUUUGCUCUCAAUGCCUUUACUGAAAAGGAGUUCAAGGUUGUCAGCACAACUAAGUUUGAUAGAGAACGCCAAGACACGUACAACGUUACAAUCACAUGUUCUGAUAUGGGUGUACCACAGCAGUUCAGUGAGAACAAUUUCAUUGUAAAUAUCCUUGAUGAAAAUGACCACACCCCACAGUUUGAAACUCCAUCUAUAUCUGCAAAUAUUGUUGAAAACAACAGAAUGGGGGCCUACAUAAUCCAAGUAACUGCCCACGAUGAUGACAUUUUGGACAAUGGAAAAAUUGAAUACAAACUCCAUUCUGAUGCUGGUGAGCUUUUCAGGAUUAAUGCUGAUAAUGGUAAAAUAUAUGCCAACGUGAAGUUUAAUCGUGAAACCACUGACAGAAUUCAGUUCCGUGUGAUUGCCUCAGACAAGGGUGUCCCUCCAAGAAGCGCCAUCACAUAUGUCACCCUUCGCAUUCUUGACCUCAAUGAUGAGCCCCCAAUAUUUUUCCAGAAUACCUAUCCGUUCAAUGUGACUGAGGGUGAAGAUGUUGACACAUUUGUUGGCUCAGUAAGUGCCUUUGAUGCUGAUUUUGGUGACAAUGCCAAGUUCCGUUAUGCCCUUGAUCAGAGCACUGACGCUAAACAUUUUAAAAUCAAUGCAGAAACUGGCAGAAUCACAACCUCAAAAGUGAUUGACAGAGAGCGCAAAAGUAUGUUCCAUUUUCUGAUAAUGGCAUAUGACCAGGGGUCACCACAGCAAAGUGGAUCUGCAUCCGUGAUUGUAUCCAUACUUGACAUUAAUGACAAUCCUCCUAUCAUCACAUUCCCAUCCGCAUACAACAACACAGUGUAUAUCAACCCAUCCACUCCAGUAGGAAACCUCAUCACUACAGUAGAGGCAGAAGACCGAGACUUUGGGAACAAUGCCAAGAUGACCUUUCUCUUCCUGGAUGGGGACAGGGAGGGUUUGUUCCGUAUAGACACACAGACAGGCGACAUCUACCUUCAAGAGGAUCUCUCCACUUCCGAUGAAACCAGCCAUAAAUUGAAGAUCAUGGUCGCUGAUCAUGGCCCAGAUCAGAAAAAAUCCCGAAGUCAUUUAUCUGUGAUCAUAUCCGACUCUACAACAUUUAUUGGGUACGGUUCCCCUGCCACUGGAACAAAGAAACAAGCCAUGGGUCUCUCACAGCAGAAUAUCAUCAUUGUCAUCUGUCUUGCCGCUGCAACAAUCAUCCUCUCAGUCAUCCUCAUCAUCGCAAUAUUCAGAAUGAGGCGACGAAGCAAACCUAAAGGACGUCGCUACAAUGUGCGUCUUCAGAACGACAAGGCUGAUGAUAAGAAGAAACUUGCUGGGGGAGUUGGUAAAGGGAGCCCGAAUGGAUCUCCUACAAAUGGGAAGCCAGUUAUUGACUCCAGGGGACCAGCAGAUGGGAAAAAUACAAGUUUCAGUCUUGAGACAGAGACCCCGAAUUCUACCAUGACAGGCAUGAAUGGAACUAGUCUAAGCCAUGACAAGAAAAUGAUUCCACAGUCACCCAACACAUCAUUUCUAAGUAAUACAUCAAUGGAAAGUAAACCAUCAAUGGAGCAAAAGUGUAUGAAUGAUCUUACACAGGGAAACAAACCUAGCGUCAUGAAUGGACAAAAUGGCCGCCCUUGGAAUGCAGCGGAUCGAGACUUGGAGGUUCAUCGGUUAAUUGACAUACUAAAACGGGACCAAAACAAGCAUAAAGGUCACCAUGGAGAAACUUCAAGUGUCGAUUCUGAUCGCUCCAAUCCCGACAGUGGGAAAGGAACGAGUGAAAAUGAUGAAGACCCCUUGAACAAAAGUGGCGACCCAGAAGAUUCUUUUGAUAGUAAAGAUUUGAAAUCUCCCAAGAAAGUCAGCUUUGACAGCAAUCCAUUCUACAUUAAAGAAAAGCAAGGUAAAAAUCCAAAGGCAACAACACUUGGUAACAAUAACCAUAGCAACCUGGAGCCAGAUCUCGACAACAGUGGUUACCAUAGCAACCAAUCAGACAAUGGAGAUUUCCCAAGGAAUAUUAAAACAAGCACAAGCUCAGACAGUCUGGAUGACAACACAUUAGUGCCAAGUACCCCACAAGGUGCCCCUACAUUACAUACAUUUAAGCCCCAAGAUUCCAAGCCAAACUAUAUACCACAGACAUUUAGUGGGAAUAAUUUGAGAGGGCCUGUUCCACCACCAAAACCCAAACGUAGUCAUAGUGAUAAUUCAAUGCAGCCUCCUGCUGCCCUGCCCCCAAGGGGUAAUAGUGGACGUUACACCCCAGUAGGAAAUAGGUCAAACAUUCCAAGGGUGAAUUAUAAUGACUCUAUGUCACCUAGGUCGUACCAACCUCUCCCACAACAGAGUCCAUCAGCUGCAAAUAGACAGCCUCAUUUUCAAAACAAUCCGUCUGCUUUUCAAGGUCAGCAAAGUCAGUCUCAGUCUGACUCAAAAAACAGACUUCCAGUUCUAAACCAACAUAAUUAUCCAAACUAUGCAAAAACUGGAGGACCUUUUAAAGACUUUACAAUCGCUGAUCUUGAUCGUGCAUUAGGGGAUUCUGGGACAGAUAUGGAUCGACAAGAGGAUGAUAGAACAACUACCACAUCAGGAAGUUAUACUGUCGAUCCUCAGGAACUUACUAAUGAAAUUGAUAACUUAUUCUUCAAGGAAAUGAUUGUGUGAAUGUUUCUGUGUGUAAAAAUGUACAAAGUAUAAAAAAUUAAAAUGUAAAAAGUGUAAAUAUUAUAAUGAAAAGAUUCCUUAAAAGCUACAUUCAACUUAAUUUAGACAGUGUAUUUUCAGAAGAGGGAAAGAAUUGACUGUUAGCAUGAUUUUUUGUUACAUCAGCAAAACUGAUUUGCUAUAUAAGAGUUUAUGAAAAGUGUUUCUUCCAUGUGGACUGUAUCAACUCAUGUAUAAAAAAUAAAUUGUAAAUAUGAAUUUGAAGCCAUUUACUUGCCAAUGUUAAAAGUACAAAUAACUUCAUAUUUCAAAUUGUACAACUUAACAAAAUAAUGAAAACACAAACCUCCCAUGGCAACCAUUUAGAUAAAUUGAAUCCAUAUGUUUUUAAAUGUCAUUUCAAUUCAAUUACAUGAUUUGACCCCAAUCUUGCGUAUGACAAUUGACAAAAUUAAUUUGACAUUUAGAAAAUUUAUCAGUUGUCAUGGGACACUGAUUUGGAAAUACAAAAUUAUCAGAUGAAAUCAAAAUAUAAAAGUAUAAACUCUUACUAUUAUUACUCUUACUGGAUAUAACUAUCUGUUUGACUUGAAUUUU